AUGUAUGAUCAUCCCACUCACCUCCACACCCCUCCCAGCAACCCUGAGUUAACCGGCCCAGACACAGCAGAAGAGGUCAUCUCCCGCAUCCUGUGGGACCCGACGUUAGAGGAGGUGGACUUUGUAGUGGGGUACGUGGAUCGCUUCCUAGGAGUCCUGGAGCGCCCCUUCUCCCAGUUCAACUGGGACGCCGACCCAUGUGACUGUGACUACACGACCGAGCUGGCCCUGCCCCAACACAGGAUACAGUACUUCACCCACAGAGGGCGCCGUGUCUGGGACCGCAACACCAGGACGGACAGAGUGUUCGGUUCCACUGGCAACCCUCUGGCGCCUCCCUUUGGAGGGGAGGAGGAAGUGACGGCAGAGGAGCAAAAAGCUAUUCCUCUGGAGGAGGAGGAAGAGGAGGAGGGAGAGGAGGAGGAGGGAGAGGAGGAGGAGACCGGAUGCCUUGCAGAGAGAGAGCAACACAAGACCAACGUUCUCAGUCCAGAGUCGGUCAAACAAGGCCUACCUGACCACCCUGAGUCAGGAAGCAGUCCACGGAGUCAACAGGAAGCAGGAAGAGAAUCCAAACCAUUGGAGGAGGAAGACGUAAACAAGGCUGCUGACUCUGGCUCAGUCAUCUCCACAGACCGCGUGUCUUUAUCUGAGAGAGAAGGAGCGACAGAGAAGGAAGAGGAUCCAAACAAGGAGGAAUGGAAGGAGACCUGGGAAGGAGACGAACAGGAGGGUCCAGCCCUGGACAGACUGCAGCCUGUCCCUUUGGAGCAGAGAGAAGAGAGGAGUGGGCGUCGACCCCCCAAACGCAAGCCCACCCACUUCAUCACCUUCAGAGCCAACACCCCCUCUAUCCUCUCCUCCUUUCAACGCCUUCAGGAGGAGCUGGUGGCCCUCCUCCCCUCCUCCGCCCCCUACUGGGUGCCCCCCUCCAGCCUCCACGUCACCCUGUGCCUCCUGGUGUUGCCCGGCCGGCUAAGGUGAACUGGCAGGAGCGAGAGAGGCUGUUUGAAGGGGCGGGGGACCUGAGGGCUGGGAAGGGGUUGAGUUUUGGACGUUUGCCAGUGAACAGGCUGCACCUGUGUGGCAUGGGCAUGACCGAGGAUGGGUUUUAUGACACCGUGUGCACGGUCACUCUUCGCUGAGGAAGAGGUGGGUGUGUGUGUGUCGGCUUGUGUGUGUGUGUGUGUCGGCUUGUGUGUGUGUGUG